UUAAAUCGAGCGAAAGGUUGAGCCUUUUCGUGUGGUUUAUGUGAUUUGGUGUAAGAUUCUAAAGGUUAAUUCAGCUUAAAAGCUAGGGUUUUGCGAGUCAUAGCAUACUUGUUAAUUACCAUCAUACAAAUCCUAAUCGUGGAUUGAUAUUCUGUAAAUUGGUAAUUAGAGAUAUGUAAUUGUUCUUUUGCAGUCAAACAUAGUACAUUUGAGGUUCACAAUGGAUAUACUUGUUGCAAAUUUAAUACCAACAUUAUCUAUCUGUAGCGUGGAUGUUCUGCAACUGUGGGUUGUGUUUGAGGCAAAUUUAAUGCCUCAGUUGACGAAGUUGACCAGUUGCAAUCUCAUAAAUUCUGAACUCUGCAAAUUUUGGAAAGUGUCCUCUAGUUUUAGAAGGGAGUGGGGUCUCUUUAUCUUAGAUUGCUAGGAGUGUGUACAUGAUAAAAUUAGUUGAGCAAAUACAAACAAAUGAAGCUGAUAUUUGAUGUGGUUAUUUCAGAGAAGAUAGGAAAGCUCAAAGCUCAAUUGAGGGCUGCGGAGGAUGAUUUGGUGAAAGCUCUUUCAGUAAAGACCCGGAAAGAAGCAAAAAAGAUGGCGAUAGCAGAUUCCAUUUCUGCCACAAAAGCUAGAAUCGAAGAACAUAAGAAAAUUGUGGCUGAUCAAAGGGCCAGAAAGGAUGAAUAUGCAGAAAUCAUAUCACACCAGUGUGAAGUUCUGGAAGAAUGCGAGAAAAAGCAUAAUCAGGAUGCAGAACUCAGAGAAGAAAUAGGAGAGGCGAUUUCUUGGUACAAUAGGGUGCUUGGCUUCAGAAUUGAAAGGGGACGUGGAAUAAAAUUUAUAUUCACCAACAUAAAUCCGAGGAAUUCUAAGGAAGAGUAUUACUUCACCAUCCGCCUUGAGAACGAUAAUUACUAUUUGCUUGAUUGUCAUCCACACGUGAGCGAGGCCAAAAAAUUGAUCCAGGAAUUAAAUAUUACUAACGGCUUGUAUAAUUUUGUCAGAACUAUGAGAACCAAAUUUCAAGAAGUUUCAGCAGUUGUUGCAGGAAGUUUACCCGAAAUUGCAUUUCAUUUUCAAGAACCUUCUAUCGUAACCAUGUCUGCCCCACUCUCUUCAGUCUCCACUGACAGUGGAAGUGGAUCUCCUGUAGAGGAGGAUCACCCUAGACAAGCUAACAGAGUUCUCCGGAAAGCUAGGCAUCUUCAAGGGGGACAAUUGUCAAUUCUGUCACCUGGAUCUGCUUCAUCUCUACGCCGAUCCCAACGGUUUAAGGUAAAGAAAUGAAGGUGUAGCUUGCGGUUCCGUCAUUACAAUCUCAUACGCCUUUUCUUAUGUGGAUUAGCUCAACAAUAUCUUAUAACUUUCGGAGUGCUCUGUGUUAGUGGCAAAAUCUCUUGUUUGCUUGCAAUUAAGAAUCUAUCCAAGGAUACAACGAGUGGACUACGGCAAUCUUGAGCGAUCAACUUCAUUGGAUGUAUGCAAUGAUACCGUGUGAGCCGAAUUCUCCUUGUUUCAAAUGAUGCCGUUUUAUAAACAGUUAUAUUAUGCAAUACAAUGCAUUGCUUUCACCACUCUUAAGUCAAUGUGUAUAUAUAUUCUAGUUUAA